AUGCUUGCACCGUGUAGCCGAGUAAUACCGAGGAUUCGGAAAGAUUAUGCCUUGACAGCAAGAUUGUGUUUUAGGUUAGAAAAAUUGAAAAAACACCGGGAGAAAAUUACGAUAUCGUCAAUUCAAAUCAUUCAAAUGAAGCUGUACUGCCUGUCCAGCGAGCCGACAAAGCCAUGCCUGGUCUUGAGCUUCAAAGGCAUAACGCUAAUGUUGGACUGUGGUCUGAACAUGCAGUCAAUUUUGAAUUUCAUGCCGAUGCCCAUGGUGCCUAGUGCCAAGUUCAACUCCCUUCCCAGUUGGGUUCCCAGGGAUAACAAUCAGGAUUGGCAAAUUGAAGGGGAGCUGAAAGAGAACUGUGGAAGAGUAUUCGUUGAUUCAACGCCAGAGUUUUGUCCACCGUUAGAGAAGAUCACGGAUUUUUCUGAGAUUGAUGCGAUACUGAUAUCGAACUACACUUGCAUGCUCGCACUGCCGUUCAUAACAGAAGGUACGGGGUUCAAAGGUAUAGUUUAUGCGACGGAACCGACCCUGCAAAUCGGUAGAUUCUUCAUGGAGGAGCUGGUUGAAUUUAUCGAGCAGACACCUAAGGCUAUGCUGGCCAAACACUGGAAAGAAAUGCUCCAUGUUCUGCCUCCGCCACUCGCCGAUGCCAUGAAACCCAAGUCUUGGAAGCACCUCUACUCUAUGGCCGCUGUCAACUCUAGCCUUGCCCACAUCCAGAUGGUCGGUUACGAUCAGAAACUGGAUAUAUACGGCGCCUUAACGGUGACUCCGAUAAGUUCGGGUUACUGCUUGGGUAGCAGCAACUGGCUGAUAUCCUGUGACCAUGAAAAGGUGGCCUAUGUGAGCGGCUCCUCAACACUGACGACUCAUCCACGACCGAUGGAGCAGACGACACUGAAACAUGCCAACAUGUUGAUACUCACAGGCCUGACGCAAACGCCGACUGCAAAUCCGGACACGAUGCUUGGCGAGCUUUGCAUGACCGUCGCGAUGACGCUCAGAGCCGGCGGCUGUGUUUUGAUUCCCUGUUAUCCGUCUGGUGUUGUUUACGACCUCUUUGAAUGCCUCAGCACACAUUUGGAUAAGUCCGGCUUCUCUCAGGUUCCACUUUUCUUCAUAUCGCCAGUCGCUGAAACAUCUUUGGCAUAUUCAAAUAUUCUGGCCGAGUGGUUGUCGACGAACAAACAAAACAAGGUUUAUCUCCCCGAGGAGCCAUUCCCUCAUGCUUUCUUGGUCAAGAACGCCAGACUGAAACACUUCACAUCGACAUAUGCUGAAGGAUUUAGUUCCGACUACAGACAGCCGUGCGUUGUUUUUUGCGGACAUCCGAGUCUCAGGUUUGGAGAUGCUGUACACUUUGUACAGAUGUGGGGAAACAACGCUCAGCACACAAUUAUUUUCACCGAGCCAGAUUUUCCUUAUUUGGAUGCCUUGGCACCAUUUCAGCCGCUAGCCAUGAAAGCUGUCCACUGUCCAAUAGACACGUCGCUGAAUUUCACCCAGGCAAACAAACUGAUCCGUGAUUUGAAGCCUGAUAAUCUCGUUGUGCCUGAAUGUUAUACCCAGCCGCCAAUGACUGCGCCUCACAGGUCUGAUCUGGUCAUCGAACCUGUUGGAGAAAGACCUUUGAUAACUUUCAAACGAGGCGAGGUAAUAAAGCUGCCCCUGAAGCGGAAGAACGGUCGAGUAUUCAUAGAGCCAGAAUUGGCAGGAAACAUCGUGCCGAGCGAAGUUAGACCAGGACUAAGUUUGGCAACGGUUAGUGGCGAACUGGAAGUAAAAGACAACGUUUACACGAUAAAGACUUAUUUUCAGACUAUCGAGGACCGUCAAAGCGCGAAACGCAAGGCGUCGAUUGUUUCGGGAUCAGGUGCGCCGAGUAAGGAGGAAGUUCUACGGGAGCGCAAACACGAGUACGGAAACGUCGACCCACAGGAAUUGAUGCAAAAGCUGAAUCAGGAGGGAAUUCACGGCGCGAAAUUGCAGCACAGUCCGACUUCGACGAAUAUUCAUUUGCAAGAUGAGGACACUUUGAUACAGAUAGGCGACAAUUCGACGCACAUAUUCUGCAAUGGUGAUCAAAAACUUCGAAGAAGAUUGAGAGCCAUCAUUAUGCAGUGUCUCAAACGAUUUUGACUCUAAUCAACUACCGGAAACUUUCAAAGUCUACGUUGAAAAAAAGCAGAAGGAAAAAGAGAAUGUGUAAAAGAAUUCAACUCCUAUACAUGGUUUCUUUUUCCCCAGCGUUUCCCGUUUUUUCGACUGAUUGAGUAUACUUAUAAUUAAUUAUUAUCCAUGCGUUAUUUGUAUAUAAUAAGUAUGUAUAUAAAUUUGAAUGUAAAAUCUAGGGUCAUGCAAGAUUCGAUUUUUGUCGUACAGCAGUAGUACUAUAAUUCAUUUUAUUGCUUCAUUCUUUCUUUACCAUACAUAAUAUUACAAAAGAGUUUAGCGUAUAUUAUAAAUAUUCUUGAAUUAUUUCCAAGCUUACUUGUGCAUAGACUGCAACGUGAAAUCAAUCAAUCCAUCCAUUAACAUGGAUCUUUAAUUAUUUUAAACUUUGGUAUCGCUAAAAUUUGAAAGAGGUCAAGUUUUCUACAUACCUUACAAGGUAAUAUCAUUCUUUUUUUUCUGUAUAAACACAGUCAACGGGCAUAUGUAUCAAUUAGUAGAACACUCAUUUUCAUUUCUUUUAAUGAUAAUCCUAAUUUCAGAUAGGUUUGUACACUUACUUAGUUCGUAAUAAAUUAUUGGACCACGAAUUCGGGGUUUUCUCCAAAUC